AAUACAUUUCGAUGUUGCCACACUCGCAGAUAUUCCAAGAGAACUCUUGAAGUCAAUCGUUCAUUUAUUUACUAUUGUCGUGCACGGAAAGAAAAAGAUUUUUCUUGAUAACGCUAAUAUAGUUUUUUUUUUUAUUUCACAAAUGAAAUAAAAGCAAACGAAGAAAAAAAAAAGAAACGGAGAAAUAUUAAAUAAUUUUUAAUAAAACAAUAACGUGACACAAAGGAAACCUUAAACGAAAAGAAGAACAAAAACGAACAAGAAAUCAACGGCGUGAAACAACGUUCUGAAAAAAAUAUUAAAAUUAAAAAACAGAAAACAAAAGUAAAAAAAACAAUAAAAAUUAAAUAUUUUUUAAGAAAACAAAAUAACCAAGUAAUUGUAACAAAAGAAAAAGCAACAACAACUAGAAUAAAAAUAUUUAAAAUACCACUAAACAGGAGAAAUUUCAAAGAUUGAUUUUGUGUUUUGCUGCAGUAGUGGAACAACAACAAAAAUCGUUUUAAGGCAAAAUUUGCAAAGCAAAAGUAGAAGAAGAAGAAGAAUUGUGAAUAAAAGAAAAAUACAAAAUUGCAAAAUACUAUUGCGAGUGUGUGAGUUAGUGAACUUGUGUGUGUUUUACUUAAUUCGCGGCGAAGAAGUGGAAUACGGGAAAUUGCAAACGACAAAUCUACUAAAAACGAAAAGAAGAAGAAGAACAGCAACAACAACAACUAGCAGAAGAAACUGAAGAGAAACUUGCUUUAAACUAUUGCGCUACUACUACUAGUUUUAUUACCGUUACUUUCAUUGUAAUCUUCUUCUAUUGCUGCUAUUUUCCUCUAUUCACUUUUGCCUCCCUCCCCUCAACAACUAAAACAACACAAGAAACGCAACAAAUCAUAAACGACGGCAACUACGACGACGACAACCACGACGCAACAACAACAACAGCGAGACAAGACCAUAAAAAUAUUGCAAAUCUAAUUCCUGCAAAUUAAGCAAGCAAGAAAAAAGUAAAACAAAAACAAACAAAGAAAGAAAAAAGAGACCAACAACACCAACACACACAACCCCCCAACUCAGAAACCAAAAAGGAAGCGCCUAAAAACCAUGGAGAGACGCAAUCGCAUACCAGUCGCAAAAUUCCGUACCCAAGAGGGUAAGACACGCAGCCGCAGUAGGGUACGUGAGCCGGACUACAAUGAACAAGAUCCCGAAACCGAUUUGUUCACUCUGCUCGAGGAUAACAUUGCCUUGAAGGAAGAGAAUAAGGCUCUAAAACUGCAACUGGAAGAUCACAAGAAAAUCCAAAAUGAUUUGCUGGAGGAAAAUUCCAAAAUGUCCGAACAAUUGGAAUCGAUGAAGAAACAGCAUUCAGAACUGGAUGUGGAAAUUAAAAAUUUAACGGUGAAAUUUCAAAAAGUUCAAAAUGAACGAAACGCCUUGGAUAAGCUGCAUAAAAUGAAGGUUGAGAAUAUUACGAGUCUCUCCCAAGAGUUGCAGCUACUCAAGGAUCGCCAGGAGAACAUAUCCAAUGCUGUUGUCUGUUCGCAAAGCCUAAAAUCCAAACUUUUGAAGCUUUUGCCCACCCUGGCCAGCACGGCCGAAAUGGAGAGUAUCAUUGAGGCCGAUACCACACUGGCCACACCGUUGACCAGCGAAUUGGUUGAGAAAAUGGUCGAUGAAUUUAUGGCAUUGAAAAAUUCCAUGAAUUCGGUUGAAUUGCAAUUGUACGAAGCCAAUGAAAAGAUUGCCGAACUUAUUGAAAAUCAACAUCACCUGGACGAGGAAAAUGAAACCUUACGUUCGGAAAAUACCAAUCUAACGAAAGUGGCAAAACUUUUGACGGAAAACAUGAAAGAGAGUGUGGAAACGAGCAAAAAAAUGGAAGCUGCUUUAAUUAAAUUAAAACAACGCAACGAUGAAUUAGUGGCCAAAACACGAGAUGCCACCGAUGGUGGUGGUGGCGCCCAACCUGUGGCCGUUACUCCAACUACAACUACAACACCUCCAGCACCCUCACCCACCACCGCCAAGGCAAAUGAGGAAUUUGAACAAAUCAAAGAAGAGGUUGAGUCACAAAAUCGAGACCACAAUGAACGCAUUGUUGAAAUGCAAAAACUCUUGGAUGCGGCUAUAGCAAAAAAUACUAACGAUGAACUAAAAACUUUACAAGUCAAAUUGUCAAUCUUGGAAGAUGAGUUACGCAAAGCUUUAGUUAGGGCCGAGACGGCUGAGCAUGAAUUAGAACAAUUGAAAAAUCUCAAAGGGGACAGAGCUGGAGAGCCAACUUCAGCCAUGCCUAUGCUACCGCCACCACCGCCUCCGCCCAUGCCUAGCAAAUUGCUUUACAGUGCCACACCGCUGAGAGCCCCAACAUCGGGGGCCGACGAAGCAAGUUUCUCGGAUAGCAUUGCUCGAAUGCAUGACCAGCAAAGAAAUACCGAAGCUGGAGAAGGCCUCUCGCAAAAACUAAUCGAAACGGUUAAGCAACAGGUACAACCCGAAGCAGCAACAGGUCUUGACGCUCUAGUUCGUGAAUUCAAAUCGGGUAGGGUAACGCUGCGUCGCAAUCGCCGCAAGACCCAUACCAAUGAAGCGCUGCAGGAGAUGUUCCAGGUUUUGGAAAUAAGUCAAAAACAAAAUCGCAACUCUCAGAUAUGUGUGGAUUUGAAUUUUUAAGUGUAAAGUGACCGAUCAACCGACCAACGAUAACCAUGGCUUUAUUAUAAAGAAAUUCCAUUUUAAUUUUUUUUUUAAAUCUUAACCUAAUAACCAAGCUGCCGGCCCCCAAAUAAGUAUUUUUUUUGAAUUAUAUACAAAUGUAUUUUUUUAUUAUAUUUUUUUUAUUUUAAUGGACUGCAAGCUAACGCUCAAAGAUCUUUUUUUUUAAAUUAUUAUAAUUAUAUAUUUACAUAUGAAAAUACACAUACUUAUAUAUCACAUUUGUUAUACACAAUUUAUAUAUGCACUUUUUUUAUUAUAAAUAUUCAUAUUUUUAAUGUUUAACAUUAGGGUGUCCCGGAAAAAUUCUAUAAAUUAUUUACAAAACAUAGCACGAAAUAUUUUUUCUUAGUCAUCGAAAAUUGUUUGAAAAGAGCAUUAAAUUAAAUUGAAGUUGUUAUGAAAAUAAAUUUUAAAAUUUUUGCUAUGAUACAGUAUUAUUUAUCCAAAAAUGAAAUGCUUCAAAUAUUUUGAAAAUACUUAUUUCAUGAUUUCCGAACAUCACAUGACACUGUAAGUUUACUAUAAAAACUUCAAUAUUUAAAAAAAAUUAAAAAAC